AUGUUGGAGAAAUGGCCGUUUGCCAUGAGAUUCUGUUCUCACAUCUUCUUUGUCAAUGUGAGAAUUUUCAUGACUAGUGUUUUUGAUAGUGACAGAAGGAAAUUAAUACCUAGGAGGGCACAAACGGUGAACUUGGACAAAGAAAAAGGAAAUGUUGUAAGUGGUAAAGGUGAUGACAUAACUUCGUUAGUAGGUGUGAGUGAAGGUGAUAACAGUGAGGAUGAGUCAUAUGAUUUUAGUGGGGAUAUUGAAGCUAGUGAGGAGGUUUCUUAUGUUGAUAGCGAUGAGGCAAACGCAUCUGAAAAUGAGGUAGAUCAAUUGUCCGAGUAUGAGGAUAGUGAAAGUCUCCUAGGAUCUGAUAAUGAAGUCUUAGAGCAUAUAGAAUUUAGGAAAUUUAAGUGGCAAGUUGGAUUAAGUUUUCCUAAUUCUAGGGCAUUUAGAGAUGCUUUGAAACAUUAUGCCCUAAUUCAAGGUAGGAAUAUGAGAAUUGACAUUAGUAACAAAAAGAGGCAACAAAGGAUUGGUGUUAGUUGUGUAGAGGGUUGUCCAUUUAAGAUGUACGGUAGUUGGGAUAAGUCAUCAACAUCAUUUGUGAUAAAGUCAGUUAUUCCAGAACACACAUGUCAAAGGAGUAUGGAUGGUAACAAGCAAUUAAAGUCCUCAUGGGUGGCAAACCAGAUGCUUGAGGUUUUCAAAUCAAGACCCCAUAUUCCAUCAGUUGAGAUAAUUGAUUUGGUUAAAAAGAAGUGGUUUGUCAUAAUUAGCAAGCACAUUGCUUAUAACAUCAAGUACGCUGCCCAUAAAAGAUUGCAUGGAUCUAUGAAUCAACAUUACAACAAAGUGAUGGACUAUCAUGAAGCUUUAAGAGUUAGUAAUCCUGAGAGCCACUUUAUUGUUGUGACUAUUCCAGACACAUCACCUCCAGUUUUCCACGGAUUUUUUGUAAUGUUCAAAGGUUUAAGGGAUGGAUGGUUGUUAGGAUGUAGGAAAGUAUUGUGCAUAGAUGGUUGUUUUGUAAAGACCUUUUUGGGUAGGAUGCUACUGUCAGCUUUUGGGAGGGACCCUAAUGAUCAAAUGUUCCCCUUGGCAUGGGCGGUUGUGGAAGGUGAGAAUAAUGAGUCAUGGCAGUGGUUUUUGAAUGAGCUUAAGAAAGGGUUGCCACGAACAAAUGGAGCUGGAUGGACGAUAAUAUCAGAUGAGCAUCAGAGCAUAUUGAGGGCAGUUAACCUAGAACUCCCUCAGGCUGAGCACAGGCAUUGUGUAAGGCACAUAUAUGCCAACUGGAAAAAGGAUUUCAAAGGCGAAGAAUUGAAGUUUCUUUUUUGGAGAUGUGUUAAGUCAUACAAUAUGGCUGAUUUCAAUGAUGCUUUGCAAGAGAUGACUGAACUUAAUCACGCUGUAGCUGAUGAAUUUAGGAAAGCUGACCCUAAUGUGUUUUGUAGAUCUUAUUUGAAGAAUCUGACAAAAUGUGAUACCAUAGUUAGCAAUAUGGUUGAAACAUUUAAUAAUUACAUCAUGCGUGCUAGGUCAAAGCAUCUAAUAGACAUGCUUGAUGAUAUUAGGACCAUGUUGAUCAAGAGAUUGGUGACAAAGAAAGAAGAUGCACAGAAGUGGGUGGGGAGUAUAUGCCCUAAGAUUCUAGCAUUAUUGGAGAAAGAAAAAGAAGAAGCUACCAAAUGUACUGUCAUGCCAGCAACUACUUCACUAUUUCAGCUACUAUAUUAUACCUAUACAAAGGAGGCUUACCUAGAAGCAUAUAGUGGAUCCAUACCACCUUUAGCUGGUGAUAGGUAUUGGCCUAAAAUGAAUACCACCCUCCUCCCCCCUCCCAUUAAACUUGGCCCAGGUAGACCUAGAAAGAACAGGAGGAAAUCUGCCCAUGAGGAUCCUAAAAAACCUGGAAAGUUGACUAGACAUGGACUACAAAUUCAGAUAGCAAAUAUAUUUAAUCAUGUUAAUAAUUAUGUUUAUUUAACUUCAUUCAUGCAGGGUAGCAUGGCAAGGUCAAUAUCUUCACAAACAUCUUAUAAAGUGGUCAUUUGUUCAACGCAAGCAUCUACCUCGAGUAACGUCAUCAGUCCUAGAAUAUGGUUUAAUCUAAAUGUCCAACAUGUAACCCAAAAUUCAGAUUUACAUAAAGAAGAUGCCAUCAUGAACUUAGAAGCUCAAGGACUUGAACAUACUGUAUUGGAAGUAAAAGAAAAGGAUCCAAUACAUGGAACUCAAGCUACCAAAAUAAAGAUCCCAAAACAUUGUGGGACUCUCUUGUUGAAAUAUUUGAUCACCACAAGAGGGUGCUUCUUCCACAAGCUAGCCAUGAGUGGAAGAAUUUAA